GGGUUCUUUCGUGCAAUUUGUGAUCUCUUCUUUCAUAAAAUUUUCUGGAUUCUAGCCAAUUUCUCUUGUGACUUUGAACAAUAUCUUCUCCGGAGGGUUGUGAAAAAGAGACGUUUUUGGUCCUGGUAAGUUCCGGAUUCGUCUUUGUUUGAGCUCUGAGUUUUAAGGGUUUGUGUUCGAUCAAUCUUUAGAUCGUUGGUGAAAAGCGUUUAAUCGACGAAAAAGUGAUGCUUUGGAAGAUAUGAUCUUCUCUAUCUCUGGUUAUUACUGGGUUUCGAGAUUGUGCUGCUUAAGAUGUUACCUGUGAGAGAAGGUCUUCAGAAACAAGUUAAGAUUUUGAUUGGAUUAGGGAAUUUAGGGUUUGGUGGUUAUAGAGGAUUGCACUCUAGAUUUACUAACCCUAACGGGUUUUUAGAACCUGCGAGCUCUGAUUUGUUGUUGAUUAACGAAAGGAGGAAUCUUUCUGUUGUUGGUGCUGUUUCUCGAACUUUCUCUGUUCCUUCAGUAUCUGGUCCAGCCUUUCAGGUUUGUGGAUAUCACAUUGAUCUUUUGCUUUCGGAUCCGGCGUCAGUUAAGGUUCCGUGUAAAUCGAUGGCGAGUUUAGGUUCUAAAUCAUUGUUUGUGGAUCGUCGUUGUGAUUCUCUUGUUUUAAAGCGUUUCACUGGUGGUAUGGUAUCUGGAGAUGGUCCCAACCGUGGAAGAAUCAGUAUGAGACUCAGAGGAAAAGAUCACCAGGAGAAGUCUACGAUCUAUGCGUAUUUUGCUUAUAGAGGUGCAAAGAGAUGGAUUUAUUUGAAUCAGCAAAGAAGAGGAUGGGGAUUUAGAGGCUUGCAUAGCUCACUCUCUAAUCGCUUAUCAGCUGGGAAUGCGCCUGAUGUGUCUUUAGAUAACUCUGUCACUGAGGAACAGGUUAGAGAUUCUUCGGAUUCUGUAGCGGCUAAGCUAUGUACUAAGCCCCUGAAGCUUGUCUCGGGGUCGUGUUAUCUACCACAUCCUGAUAAAGAGGCGACAGGGGGAGAAGAUGCUCACUUUAUCUGUGCAGAGGAGCAAGCAUUGGGUGUGGCAGAUGGUGUGGGAGGUUGGGCGGAGCUCGGUAUUGAUGCAGGUUACUAUUCUCGGGAGCUUAUGUCUAACUCAGUGAAUGCAAUCCAAGACGAGCCUAAAGGUUCGAUUGAUCCAGCCAGAGUAUUGGAAAAAGCUCAUACUUGCACAAAGUCACAAGGGUCUUCAACGGCUUGCAUCAUAGCCUUAACCAACCAGGGACUUCAUGCAAUCAACUUAGGCGACAGCGGGUUCAUGGUAGUCCGUGAAGGGCAUACAGUUUUCCGUUCGCCCGUUCAACAGCAUGACUUCAACUUCACCUAUCAGCUGGAGAGUGGAAGAAACGGUGAUUUGCCAAGCUCAGGUCAGGUUUUCACGGUUGCUGUCGCUCCUGGAGAUGUUAUAAUAGCUGGAACAGAUGGGUUAUUCGACAACCUGUACAACAACGAGAUCACAGCCAUAGUGGUUCAUGCGGUGAGAGCCAACAUAGAUCCUCAGGUAACAGCACAGAAGAUUGCAGCAUUGGCGCGACAAAGAGCACUGGACAAAAACAGACAAACUCCAUUCUCGACAGCAGCACAAGAUGCUGGCUUCAGAUACUACGGAGGUAAGCUUGAUGACAUUACAGUUGUUGUCUCUUAUGUGGCGGCUUCGAAAGAAGAAGGAAAACAUUGAUGAAGAGACAAAUACAGAUGUGUCAUGUGUUGAGUUAUAAAGUUUGUGUUUUGCA